UGCAGCCUCUGGACCCCACCUCACACCCCCCUCCCCGCUUCCUGCCCGCCUGAACCAACACGCCGCCUGGGCUCCCUCUUCCUCCCGGCGCGGGAAGUGGGAGACACCGGCGGGAGCCCGCCCCCCUCACCCCCCAGCGGCCUCCUGACAAGGAGAGGGCAAGUGAACCGGAGCAAACGACUUCCGAUCCAGUCUGCGCUGCUGCGGCUCCCGUUUGGGAUUUGAUUUGCAGCAUCUUCGAGCCUGUGCAACAAAAAAACCGCGAAGCACGCCCAGCCCUCCCCGGCACCCUGUUACGCACCCACUCCCUCCCGGGGACACAGCUGGGCGCGUCCACACCCCCGCACCCCCCACACCAUGUUGUACGGAAGGACUUCCACUCCCUGCCUCUGUCGUUGAUGUCAGACCCCAGGCCAGCCUCCGGGCGCUGCAGUUCUCCCGGCUAAUGCUGAGGCUGCGGCUCCGGCUCUAGCACAGGAACCAGCCGCAGCUGCCGCGCCCGGCCCCAGCGUCCACCGUCUGCAUGUGCCCGCCGUAGCCUUCUGCCCAGCCCGCAACCCGCGCUCCCCGGAGCGCUGGAGACCACCGCGGGGGGCCCCUUCUGCCCUUGGGAGAAGCGGUCUUGGAGGUAUUGAUCUCGGUGGUUGGAUUUUUCCCGUGGAUCUAUCAGUUCACAAUUUGAAUUUGGAAGAAAGAAGGAAAACAUGACGUCUCCGGCCAAAUUCAAAAAGGAUAAGGAGAUCAUAGCAGAGUACGAUACUCAGGUCAAAGAGAUCCGCGCCCAGCUCACGGAGCAGAUGAAAUGCCUGGAUCAGCAGUGUGAGCUCCGGGUGCAGCUUCUCCAGGACCUCCAGGACUUCUUCCGGAAGAAGGCGGAGAUUGAGAUGGACUACUCCCGCAACCUGGAGAAGCUGGCUGAGCGCUUCCUGGCCAAGACGCGCAGCACCAAGGACCAGCAGUUCAAGAAGGAUCAGAAUGUUCUCUCUCCUGUCAACUGCUGGAAUCUCCUCUUAAACCAGGUGAAGCGGGAGAGCAGGGACCACACCACCCUGAGUGACAUCUACCUGAAUAAUAUCAUUCCUCGAUUUGUCCAAGUCAGCGAGGACUCAGGAAGACUCUUUAAAAAGAGUAAAGAAGUCGGCCAGCAGCUCCAAGAUGAUCUGAUGAAGGUCCUGAAUGAGCUCUACUCGGUCAUGAAGACCUAUCACAUGUACAAUGCCGACAGCAUCAGUGCUCAGAGCAAGCUAAAGGAGGCAGAGAAGCAGGAGGAGAAGCAAUUUGGAAAAUCGGUAAAGCAGGAAGACCGGCAGACCCCACGCUCCCCCGACUCCUCGUCCAAUGUCCGCAUUGAAGAGAAGCACGUCCGGAGGAGCUCGGUGAAGAAGAUUGAGAAGAUGAAGGAGAAGCGCCAAGCCAAGUACACAGAGAAUAAGUUGAAGGCCAUUAAAGCCCGGAAUGAGUACUUACUGGCUCUGGAAGCAACCAAUGCAUCUGUCUUCAAAUACUACAUCCACGACCUGUCUGACCUUAUUGAUCAGUGUUGUGACUUAGGCUACCAUGCCAGCCUGAACCGGGCGCUACGCACCUUCCUCUCCGCUGAGCUGAAUCUGGAGCAGUCAAAGCACGAAGGUCUGGAUGCCAUCGAGAAUGCCGUAGAGAACCUGGAUGCCACCAGUGACAAGCAGCGCCUCAUGGAGAUGUACAACAAUGUCUUCUGCCCACCUAUGAAGUUUGAGUUCCAGCCCCACAUGGGGGACAUGGCUUCCCAGCUCUGUGCCCAGCAGCCUGUCCAGAGUGAGCUGGUUCAGAGAUGCCAGCAACUGCAGUCCCGCCUGUCCACUCUGAAGAUUGAGAACGAAGAGGUAAAGAAGACGAUGGAAGCCACUCUCCAGACCAUCCAGGACAUUGUGACUGUUGAGGAUUUUGACGUGUCCGACUGCUUCCAGUACAGCAACUCUAUGGAAUCCGUCAAGUCCACGGUCUCAGAAACCUUCAUGAGCAAGCCCAGCAUCGCUAAGAGGAGGGCCAAUCAGCAAGAGACCGAGCAAUUCUAUUUCACGAAAAUGAAGGAGUACCUGGAGGGCAGGAACCUCAUCACCAAGCUACAAGCCAAGCACGACCUUCUCCAGAAAACCCUGGGAGAAAGUCAGCGGACAGAUUGCAGUCUGGCAAGGCGUAGCUCUACCGUGAGGAAGCAGGAUUCCAGCCAGGCAAUUCCUCUGGUGGUAGAAAGCUGUAUCCGGUUUAUCAGCAGACACGGACUACAGCAUGAAGGAAUUUUCCGGGUGUCGGGAUCCCAGGUGGAAGUGAAUGACAUCAAAAACGCCUUUGAGAGAGGAGAGGACCCCCUGGCUGGAGACCAGAAUGACCACGACAUGGACUCUAUUGCUGGCGUCCUGAAGCUUUACUUCCGGGGCCUAGAACACCCUCUCUUCCCCAAGGACAUCUUCCACGACCUGAUGGCUUGUGUCACAAUGGACAACCUGCAGGAGAGAGCUCUGCACAUCCGGAAAGUUCUCCUGGUCCUGCCCAAAACCACUCUGAUUAUCAUGAGAUACCUCUUUGCCUUCCUCAAUCAUUUAUCACAGUUCAGUGAAGAGAACAUGAUGGACCCCUACAACCUCGCCAUCUGCUUCGGGCCCUCACUGAUGUCAGUGCCCGAGGGCCACGACCAGGUGUCCUGCCAAGCCCACGUGAACGAGCUGAUCAAAACCACCAUCAUCCAGCAUGAGAACAUCUUCCCAACCCCCAGGGAGCUGGAGGGCCCCAUCUACAGCAGAGGAGGAAGCACGGAGGACUACUGUGACAGCCCUCAUGGAGAGACCACCUCGGCUGAGGACUCAACCCAGGACGUGACCACAGAGCACCAUACGAGCGAUGACGAGUGUGAGCCCAUCGAGGCCAUUGCCAAGUUUGACUACGUGGGCCGGACAGCCCGAGAACUGUCCUUCAAGAAGGGGGCAUCCCUGCUGCUUUACCAGCGGGCCUCUGAUGACUGGUGGGAAGGCCGGCACAACGGCAUGGACGGACUCAUCCCCCAUCAGUACAUCGUGGUCCAAGACACCGAGGACGGUGUCGUGGAGAGGUCCAGCCCCAAGUCUGACAUUGAGGUCAUUUCUGAGCCACCUGAAGAAAAGGUGACAGCCAGAGCGGGGGCCAGCUGUCCCAGUGGGGGUCAUGUAGCCGAUAUUUAUCUUGCAAACAUCAACAAGCAAAGGAAGAGACCAGAAUCUGGGAGUAUCCGGAAAACAUUUCGGAGCGACAGCCAUGGGCUGAGCGGUUCCCUGACUGACUCGGCCACCCCGGGGGUGGGGGCUAGCUGCCGCCCAUCUUCCCAGCCCAUCAUGAGCCAGAGUCUCCCCAAGGAAGGGCCAGAUAAGUGUUCUAUCAGUGGGCAUGGGAGCCUCAAUUCCAUCAGCCGCCACUCGUCCCUGAAGAAUCGGCUGGACAGUCCACAGAUCCGGAAGACAGUGACAGCAGGGAGGUCAAAGAGCUUCAAUAACCAUCGGCCCGUGGACCCUGAGGUCAUUGCACAGGAUAUUGAGGCAACUAUGAACUCUGCCCUGAACGAGCUGCGGGAGCUCGAGCGGCAGAGCAGUGUCAAGCACACUCCUGAUGUGGUUCUGGACACCUUGGAGCCCCUCAAAACCUCCCCAGUGGUGGCCCCCACGUCGGAGCCCUCCAGCCCGCUGCACACCCAGCUCCUCAAGGACCCCGAGCCCACCUUCCAGCGCAGUGCCAGCACUGCCGGGGACAUCGCGUGCGCCUUCCGGCCUGUCAAGUCAGUCAAGAUGGCUGCCCCCGUCAAGCCGCCAGCCACACGACCCAAGCCCACGGUCUUCCCCAAAACAAACGCCACUAGCCCUGGUGUCAACUCAUCAUCUUCCCCACAGUCCACUGACAAGUCUUGUACUGUCUGAGGGAUGUAAUUUAAUUGUUCUAGACAAGGGGACUGGAGGGACUGACUGUUAUUAAAAAAAAUCUUCCUAUUUAACUAGCUUGGGGACUUCAGUUGAAAAUUAGAUUCUAAGUUGUUCUUGCAGGAAUUAGCCUUCCCGUCACCCAAAACCUUGAGAAUGAAGCCCUGGUGACCACCCAGCCCUGCCCUUCCCACUGCCCUCUGCUUCUCCCCGUCGUCGUAAUUCAGCCAGCCGCAGUACACACUGUUCUUAGGUUAGCCAGAGAUAGGUUUUUCCAUUAUCAGGUCACUGUGAAAUCUGGCACGGCGAGUCACGAGGACACGGGCUCACGUCUCCGUCCCCUCAGACACAGGGGAUGCCUGACCAGAUGGUUGGCUGCUGAAAGCCAGCUCUCAGUGGCAUCUUGUUUUGGGUACUGACUAUAGAGAACCAUAUAUAGUCCAUUCUUCGUUUUACACACACACACACACACACACACACACACACCACACACACACACACACACACACACACACACACACACACACACACACACACACGGUUUUUUUCUAGUCUCUGGCAUGUGGAACCUCUCCUGGUCCCAGACCAGUCUCUUUGUAACUUAUUGUGGCAGUUCACACAAGAGCCACCAGGGGUCUCUGUUUCUGUUCCAAAUCUUGUUCUGUCUGGGCCAGAGAACCUAACCUUUGAAAUCUCUCCAUCAUAAAAAAUUGAGCAGGAUGGAACUGGAUCCUGUAAUCUGUCUGGGGUUGGGGGCUUUCUCUCUGUCUUCUUUCCGUUGGUGUGAACUGGUCAUUGGUGUUUGCUUUUGCUCUCCUCCAUCCUCUAGGAAUACAACCCAGUCUUUUUAUAGAACUUCUGAAGUUUUUCUGAAUGUAUAGACCUUUCUCGGGUUCCUAUCUUUGUCUCUGAUGGGCCAUUUUCCAUUUAAGACACUUUCCUGUAUAAGACAGUUUUAUAGCUGGUUCCUUUUAGGGUAAAGAGUCUUAAGAGAGUUUCACUUGUGUUUAUGGCAGGUUUGGAAAAGCUGAGAAAUAGGUCCUUCUUCCUCCCACUGUUUUUGGGCAUUUAAGACAAAAUUCAUUAUCUUAUUCAAAAAUUAAAUUCAGCUUUGCUAACCCCCCAAAUUGUUCCCGAAUGAAAAUGUAACCUAAAGUUCACCUCUCUAGUUUGGUUAUUCUGUAAGAUCUCUCUUCAGGGACCAACAGGGGCUUGGAGAGCCCUAGUUAGAUUAAAGAGAGACAUUACUCCUUAAACCUGCGGGGUGUUCUUGUUUUUGUUUUUUUUUCCAAAUAAGAACAACUAAGAGAGCUUUGGCCCUGUGGGCUCUAAAGUCCUCCCGAGACCGGAAUCUAACAAAAUAAAAAAUUGGAUACUGAAUAUUUUGGCCUUCUGUUGGCCUUUUUUCUGAUUCUCCUCCCAAAAAAGCAGAAAUGAUGCCCUUGCCUACUUUAAUCUGGUCUCUAAACCUGGUGCCCCUGGUCCCGGCUUCCCUGGCUUCACGCUGUCCUGGCAGUACCAGGGCUGGGGACUGUUCCACCCCCUGUUUCAUUAGUCUCAGACAACUCCUUCAGUUAAAGCUGAAGCUCAUUCCUUUUUAUCUCCUGGCUUUAAAGCUAUGCUUUUAGCCUUAUUUUCUAUAGAUCAAGAGAGGUGGUGGGUUGCCAUUCAGAUAGGAAAAUCUGAGUUUCCUUAUGUUUAGCCUAGAAGAUCCUUUUUGGAUCUUCUGAAGUUGGCAGUUGGUGCUGUGGAAAGUGGAAGGAUUUUCCUCAUUCUGGGUGAAGGAAAGAGCAGCUUUGGGGGUGGGGGGGCGUCGCUAAUCACUACAGGCUAAGCUGGCACACCAGGACGACCACCCCAAGAGCUAGAAAGGAGAAAGGAAGAACUCGUCAGUCGAGUGCGUCAGCCUAGGAGAAGUGACCCGCAGGCCUCUGGUUCUUGGCUUUUGUUGCUCUGUUCGCUGGCCUGUCAUCAUCUGUCACACGAACUUGCACAGGUCUUGAGCCAACAGGGGCUUUCAGACCGAAGGAUGUUUCCUUAAUGAAAACGGAAGCCCUCCCCUUCACUUUACAUUCCUUUUGCUCCAACCAAUCAACACUGGGACCCACACCUGCCCUUUCCCCCUCCUCCCAGCAAACUCCUUUCUGAGAAAGUCAAAGCAAAGCUUUCUGAAUGACAACGCUUUGGGCCCCUUUGGUUGUUCCUGCCUUAUUUCUCUCGCGGCCCUUGUACAUGACUUGUGUCCACCAUCCCCUUGGUCAGUGUCCCUCUGCUGAUUUGCCUCAUGAACUGGACAGUGUGUGAGCAGCCACCUACUUCCCCCAGCUCUGGGAGCCACGUUGUCUUCCCCUCUCUGGUGCUCCUGAUACCUGCGAGAUCGACCUGUCGAGGGGACUAGGAACCCACAGAAGGAGAGUCCUUCUCGGCAGAGCUCCUGCGGCCAACUGGAAUUCAGGCUGCACACUGUGAUCUUUACACCGAAGAGCCAAAAGGAGCUGGCCACCCAGGGCCUAGGGAGACCAGUCUUCCUCAGAUCUGCUUGCCUCAACCAGCAUGAUGCUUCAGAGAGCCCCACUCUGCCCCUUGAGGCAUGGAUCCUUCUUUUGGUGCAGACUCGGGUCAGUCUUUGGGGGAUCGGAGGUGGGGUGGGGCUACCAGCAUCCCAAUCUGGAAGAGAGGAGUUUGCAGCCAGCAGCCCGUCAGCUGGAAACACUGGUCUCAGCCAACCUCCUCAGGGCGCCCUGGUUUCUCCCCAAGGAGAUGAGGAGAGAUGACGCCAGCAACAGGAUGAACAGACCACCAGAAGGGCUGGUGUGUGUGUACCCCACGUGCAGAAGAGAAGCUUAGAUCUUCCAGGGAAUUGCAAUGUUGUGGCGUCUGACUUGUAUGUCACGUUUGUGUAAAAUGGUAUAUUCUUUAAAAUAGUGUUGAUAACUGGAAUAUUGUAUGUAUGCUUGGAGAUGCUUUGUGUGAACCUAAGACUGUCACUCAACAGAUGUUGGAUUGGGGAAAAUCCAAAGCACAACUUCGAAAUAAAAUACGUUUUUAGGUUUC